AUGCCUGCCAAGAUGAUGAGCGCUCGGGGCGGAGCCGCGGCCGGCGGCGACGUGAGCGUGGCCGACAGCCCCCUCGCCUCCUUCGAGACCCUGACGCAAGCUGCCAUCAUAGCCGUCAUGGGCAUCGCGAUAGUAGUCUCCAAUCUACUCAUCAUUGCUUCGUUUCUCAACUUCAAAGGUCUGUCGAACGAGGUGAUAAACUACUACCUGCUGUCGCUGGCGGUGGCGGACCUGCUGAUUGGCGUGCUGGUGGUGCCGCUGUCCGUAUACCCCGCCAUCACGGGCCGCUGGAUGUUCGGCGACCUCAUGUGUCGCCUGGCCGGCUACGUCGAAGUCACGCUCUGGUCCGUCUCCGUCUACACCUUCAUGUGGAUCUCCGUCGACCGCUAUCUGGCGGUCCGCAAGCCUCUCCGCUAUGAGACGGUUAGUGCGACGGUACAAACGCGCACUAGAAGUCAGUGCUGGAUGGUAUUCACAUGGAUUUCAGCCGCUAUGCUCUGCUGCCCGCCUCUGCUCGGUUACAAAAAGGAAGCUAAUUUCGACACGGAAACCUUUAUAUGUAUGUUGGAUUGGGGCACUACGUACGCUUACACGGCCACCCUGGGUAUACUAGUGCUGGGCCCCAGCGUGAUCUCCAUCGUGUACAACUACUGGUACAUCUUCUCGAUGAAGCGACGGCUGAACAGCGGCGUGCCCAUCCACGACAAGGAGUACGCGACGGCGCUGGCCGAGAACCUGUCCAACCCUAGCCACUGGAUGAGCUUCAUCAUGGUCUGCACGUUCUGGCUCAGCUGGACGCCCUAUGUAGUCGUCAAACUCUACGAAUAUUGUACCGAUCAGGAAAUAAAGGUACCCAUGUUACAUUUCGGCGUCGUAUGGAUGGGGAUUCUAAACUCAUUUUGGAAGAUUGUUAUUCUGCUGACGUUCAGCCCGCAGUUCAGGCUCGCUCUAAGGAUAUUGUGCCUGACUGCUUGCUGCCGCGGCAAGGGGCGCCUGGCAGCGGAACUCAUCGGCUUGGACAACGACGACUGAGUUCACCUUCUGGCGGGUAUGUAAAUCCUUUGUGAAGUGACAACCCGAACAAUACACGGUAGUGUGGAACAGCCAAUGAUAAGGAUUUAGAUACCUGGCCUGGCUUUACGUUUGUCCACCAUCUUGUAUUUUGUUCUCGAAUUUAGAACUUGCUGUGCUGAAUUAUUGCGAGCGUUGUGUCGAUAUUUCUGUGAGUUUCUUGAUAAUGUAUGACUAUCAUUUAAUGAUUUAAUACACUACCUAUUGAUCAUUCCUGUAAUGUAAGCUUGACAUGAAUAUUGACUCGGCUUCAACUAUAGCGUACACUGAGUCUGGAGGGUUAUUAGUUCUUUAAAGCAAAGUAAACAAUCAAAAUUCAUUGUAAUGAUUUCUUUAGUCAAUAAUUGUUGACAAUAAUGUGUUUAGGUUUGAAGUAAACACUCUGCCUCGUGCAAUAAAGAUCAUAUCAUUUACUCAAUGAAUAUUCGUUAGGUCUAAGCGUUAUGAAUGUAGUGUUAGAGGCUGUAAGGAAUGAAAUGUCCAUUUAUUUACCAAUGAAUGACCAUACGUAAGUGUAUGUAUGUAUUCGAGGGUGCCACAUUCGAUACUGUUGUGACAACCAAUAGUUAUAUCUGUCUCUUGUUUUGACGCGAUAUGAAUACAACAGAUAUUUUUAUUGUGAAAGAAAUACUGGACUGUAGUUAUUGUUACGUGUAUUUAGUGUUCCGUAUAAAACAAACACGUUGAAGUAAUUGCAAUAUCGGCUUCAAUAAAAUAUCUCUCAUUCACUAAGAUAAAUACAUUUUAAUUGAAAGCUGCAUCUUAUGCCCACAAUUUAACUCGUUUGUUGAAUUGUAAAGUUGUGUAUCUAGUUAGAACUGAAUAUUGAAUAAUCUCAAAGGGAGGAAGUUUAACUAGAGCAUAUAAGUUUGCUUCAUUACUUAGAAUACGAAUAAGUAGGUAAAUAAGGGUGCGUCUACACGGUGCAUGUAGCUGGAGCAAGUUAACAUGCGCAAGUGACAGAUGACAAGUGCAUGCGGGUGGGUGUUGUGCUUUGGUACAUGCGCUUGUCGCUAGAUUCGCUCGUUUUUAAGAUGCGUAUAACCUGCGCAUGUGCCUCAGUAUGCGCAAGCUACUUGCCUCGUGUAGACACACCCUAAAGAAGCGUCGGUAAGAGAGUAUCCGAGCUUUAUGCUCCAGUAACGACCAAUGGGACAGAUCAAUAACUCAUUUUCAAAGAGAAACUUAUGUUUCAUUUAUACCGGGAUAUUUUAUACGAAACACUGAUACGUGGAUGUUAAUGAAUAUUAAAAUCGUAAGUACAUUUACUUCUCACUUUGUGGUUUGAUGCUGAGUUAAUGUGCAUUAAAUGGUUUUAUGUUACUUGUAGUCACGGUUUUCUAAAACACAUGUAUUUUAAUUUAGUUGAACGCACAUUCUGUAAGCUUUCCCCCGGGUGUUUGUUAAAAAAAAAACUAAAUGAUUGUUCUAAAAUUGAAAUUGACUAUCGCCGUUGAAUAUUACCUAAACAGAUUUCCUAUAUCGAUGUUAAAGAUAUGCAUUAAACUAAUUAAGUGAACUGUUGAAAACAAUAAUGUUAUACAUAUAUAGAACCUUUAUGCUAUUCGUGUUCAUUAUAUUAAAAUGGAAUCGUUUGGCGAGCUAUGCAGAUUUCUGUGUAAUCAGGCCAAGCGUAUUUGGGUUGGGACCGCGGUUUUGUCAUCGUCAAUACUCAUUGUGCCGAACUCGCUUUGUCCAACUCACGGAAUAAUCGACUCGCCCAACGAUGACGUAAACAUUUUCUCAAAUUAAAGGCUGUGCUUAGACUAUCUUUGAUUUUUUUAUUUCAAGGUAGAUAUUUAGGUUGUAAUCUUAGCUGUUAUUUAUAAUCUACUGUAUAUAUUUGUUGUCACUGCCUGUUUUACUGUAUUUCUAUGAACACUAAGGACUACUUAUUAUCAACUGUUUUAUGUAGCUCUCUAGUUUAGUGUCACCGGGCGAGGUCAUUUGAGUCACUGUGUGUACAUUAUGACACAUUAUUAUCAUUUUUUGUUCAUCAUUCACUAUUUAAAGUCUAGGAAAAUUAUUGUAAAUGCAGAUUUUCGUAGUUGAGAAUUUAUUGUCUUGCAGUGCCUACAUUAGGUACUUUUUCUGAUAAAUAAAUAAUUUAUAGUUACAUGUAUUUAUUGAAUUAGGUCGUGCCUCCAAGAUGCGGAUGUGUUUCAUUCAUUACUGAAAAAAGCAAUAUUCAGAGAUCAGUCGAAACUUAAUUACGAGUCGGUCUGUACCCUCAUUUUUUCUAACAUUUCUAUCGGAAUAAAAAUAGUUUCCAAUUACCAAUUAUUUAUGAUACACAACUUUAAUGAAAUAUUUUUUGUAAAUAUGUCAGAAAAUUUCUCUCUGAUCUGAAAAUUUUCAACGUUCGAAUUUCCCGAGGAAAAAGGCCGCAAGUGGGUUCACACAUUAUUUUCCAGAUUUCCAGAACUACGUGAGGUACAUUACAUAAUACAUCUUUACCAGUCAUACCAAGGGUUGCCCGGAUAACUGGGUGGAGGAGGUCAGGCAGUAGCUCCUUGUAAGACACUGGUACUCAACUGCAUCGGGUUAGACUGGAAACCGACCCCAACAUAGUAUGGGAAAGGCGAUUAUCUGCGAUUCUAAUUGAAUAUGAACAAGUUAUCAUGAUCUGCUGCAGUGCUCAACACAUUCAUAAAAUAUAUUUUUUUCUGCAUAUCGGCAAUUAAAACCUAUGGCCAUUCAUACAUAGGUACUUACAUAAUUUAUUUUCGAAAUAACAUUUUUUUCAAACACGCAUGCUAAGCAAAAUAAUACCAGUGUUUGACGUAAUUUUCCAAGUAACUUUUACCCCGUUGUAUGUCGGAGCAUUUAAAAAAGAAAUUAAAUUCUUUUGCACCAUAAUAUGUCCUGUGUUGGCUAAUCUCCUUACAUGAGAACAGCUGCCGUAGCAGAUAAUCGGCUUAGAGGACAUCAUCAUGUCGGAGUGCAGAUAUAUGAGUCACAAUUGAUUAUCUAUUGUUUUAUAAUUAGCUACACCACAUAGAAGCAGUUAAUAAAAACACUGUUUUUUCGUAGUAAAUUGUUUCUGAGGUAACGUUUAGUUCGCAAAAUAAAUGGCCUGAUUGUAUAAACCUGAUAUUGGAAGGAAAUUGCUAAUUAGAUUAAAGUGGCCUAUUAGGGCGUCAGCUGCCGAGUUUCCACUAACAUUGCUCAUUAGUAUUAUAAACCCCACUUGCUUUAGUACUACCGGGUUGUAAAUAUUGUGUUAAAAAUAUCACAAAGAACAUAAAAGACUCAAAAUUGAUCUCAUAUAGACAACAAUUAAAAUUCGAACGAAAUAGAUACACGAUGAAAAAAAAGACUUUUAAACAGCAACUUGAUUAAUUCCUCAUCAUCAUCCGAGCCUUGCCAACUGUGUUGGGGUCGGCUUCUAGUCUAACAGGCUGCAGCUAAGAACAUACCAGUGUUUUACAAGGAGCGACUGUCUAUCUGACCUCCUCAACCCAGGCAACUUGAUUAAUUGAUGUUCCACAAAUAUUAUUUACUACAAAAAUAAUUACUUUUUGUAAUAAAUAUAUGAGUGAUAUUAUCUGCCAAGGUAAUUUGUAACCUAUGUACUUAGUAACAAGGUUCUUACUUGUUUGACAGGAAGGUUCGUUAUGAGCAAAACUGAUGUCACAUUACGUAAUUAUAAUUAAUCGCCACAGGUUUCGCAUGUCACUGCGUUUUAUAAUUAAUACUGUCCCCAGAAAUUGCAAUAUGAAAUUAUUAUUUUACUAGCUUCCACCCACGGUUUCACCCGCCUCCCGAGACAACUGAUUCCCGUAACCGGAUGGUGACAAAACCUAUCCUGCGUCCUUCUCCCGAGUCUAAGCUACCUCCCCUCUAAUUUUCAGCUUAAACUAGUGUGACUAAAACGACUUGUUUACAUACAGAACACAAAGAUAUAUAUUUUUUAUAAGUCUUGCAAACAAAAAAAUGUUUUAGAAAUUCUUACAAUUUACAUUAUGUUGCUCAACUCCAAUUAUUUUCUCUCAUUAGUGUGGCAGUUAUUAUAUAAAAACCAUACGGCUUUGUAUUUUGUCCUAUUUUACAUGUCCAGUCAGAUAAAUACCUACAUUCAUUAUAAUGGUCGGAAAGUCAACGCUUUUCACGUUUCGCCGUCACAUAAAUGCCAGCAUAUUGGCGUUUUCACAAAGGCAUGAAACAUUUCAUCGGAAACGCAUCAAUAGAAUUUUUCGCUUUUGAAAUUCUGCAUGGCUUUUAUAGUGGGAAUAAUUGGUUAAAACGCGUAUUCAUAGAAAUCUCAAAAUUCAAACAUAAAGGACUAAAUGAAAACACGUGUGCAAUGGUUAAACGGAAAAAGAAUUUUCUUUUUUUAGGGUUCUGUUAUUCAAAAGGGAAAAAUGGAACCGAUAUGUUUACUACUUCAUUUGUGCGACCUUUUCUGUCGAUUGCGUGAGUUAUCCAUUAAUCAUAUUGAAACCGUAUAUUCAGGUCUAGGGUCCUUCAAACUAGUGAAAAAAAGUCUUCAAGCCUAUUCCGUAGCUCUCAAGGAAAUAACGAGAUUGAAACAAAAAGAAGCUACCAGUUUAAAUGGGAUCUCAUAUUAAAAAGCCUUAUAUCAUUGUAAAACAUUAAUUAUUUAUUUACUUCAAAUCUUUAUUUAUUGUAGGUAGAAUACUGAGAAAUAUAUUUAAAAAAUCCUGAACUAUUUAAAAUGAACCUGCGCACGGAAAGGUUAUCGAGACUGACUCAUAUUUUUUCCAGAUUUUAUUUAUAUAAAAAUAUUCGCUGAAAAUUCGGUUUGCGUGUACCUGCCAAUAUUUAUCCAAUAAAUCAUCGUUAGCAUUCGUAGUGAUCAAUCAAGUUAAAACAUAAAAAGCUUUUUAUUAAAAAUACAGCAAUAUCUUUUGCCUUCGUUACUUUAAUCUUUUCACCAUUGCCUUCUAGCCGAUAAAUACUUCUAUAUAAUAUGUAUAAUAAAGAGAAAAAUAUUUUUUUGUUUCUACCCUGAAGAUUCCGAAACUAAUGAACCGAUUAGAAAAAUUCUUUCACUGUUGGGGCGCUACACUCUUCCCGAGUAACAUAGGCUAUAUUUUAUCCCGGUACGGGCAGUAGUUCCCACGGGACGCGGGUGACGAGUCUAUAAGAAAAUACUUAUUUACCUCAAAUACUUACCAGUUUUUUAAUGAAAGUGAAAUUAUUAUCAAUCAUUUUCGCGAUGCAUUAUAAUUUUGCUAUUACUGCAGGUUAUCCCAUACUGUAAUAGUAGGUAAUUAGUUAAGUACCUAUUUCAUAAAGCUUCAUGCAUUAUUUACUUCAGCAUAAUGCUGCAACGAUUUUGAAAAUUACAUCAAUAUUGUUUUAGCGAUUUAAUAACAAACUACAGAUUUACACAGACCGACAGAUUAACUAUUGCAUGAAUAAUAUUAAUAUGAUUGAGAACUUAAACGUGCUUUAUAUUGCUGUCAAUUCAAUUCACAUAAUCACUUAGUUUAGCUGUAUCCAUUGUAAAAAGGUUUGGAGGAGUGUAAAUAGUUCUCGUGUUUUUCUCUCAAUAUCUAAAUUGUUACUGUAAAAUGUAUAGGUAGGAUAAGGAAUGACGGGUCAAGGGUGUGUGAAUAUGUACAGAAAAUGGUAUUGUCUAUGUGUGUGUUCUUGGUUGAUAUGCUACGUUGUGCGUCGCACGUUGGUCGACUUUUACAGGGUGGAACCACAUUUGAAUAUAUGAAUUUGUAUGCAUAUUAACAGACAAAUUUAUGGAGAUGACUGUCCACUCAUUGCUUUGUAGCCUUAAACAUCUGUAGGUACUGAAACUGUUGAAAAAAGAUCUGAAAUGAAAUUGGAAGCCUACGUGAAGGUUUUUUUAGAUAGAGAAUGUAAAAAGAAAAAAAGGUUUUGAAAACUUUUAACAAUUUGAACAUUUAUUGUUAAUAUUUAAAUAUAUAUUUUACUUUAAAAAAGUAUUAAAAUCUAUUUGUGUACAUGGAAAUAAAAUGUAGUAUUGUACAGUAAUUUUAUAGGAAUGGAAGAUGGACGCUUCUUUUGAAGGAUAGAUAGAAAAGAAUACAUUCAUGUUAUUUGGAAACCCGUAUGCACAUAUUAUGUUAUUUAUUUAUUUUACCACAAACAGUUGUAAAGUACCAAUCGCACUACAUAGGAAAUUGACUGUUUUCCAAAGUUGACAGAAGCCGAGAGAGUAGUUCUCUGUUCUAUCAUUCUAGAAGUUUAGAGGUUUGACACGACCAACUCUGUAUUGGUCCAUUGCACGGAACAACUACGAUUAAGUUCGUGAACACUGCGGUCGUAUUGUGUGAAAUGCUUUUACACCGCAUUUCUGUGAACUUUGGAAAUGUUGGCGAACCAAAAUAUCACACUUGUCUGUAAAAUCUAACACACAUUUUUGAGUCUCUGUGAAUUUAAAUAAACGUGUUUGAUUCUAAAAGUUAUUUCAAGAUGCUUUUCAAAGAGAUUAUGUAUUAGUAAGCAUUUAGUUCAAGUUAUCCGCUCUCAGUAAGAAUCAUUUUAUUUUAAUUUUAAAAUAUUUCAACGUACUGAAACUUGGGUGUAACAUUCUUACGCGUAUCUAUAUGUGCAAGUUGCAAUAAUUACGUAGGUAGCUUCUUUAGUUUUAAUUUUCAAAAAUGUCAUUAAAAAAUUACAAAAUCUAAAUCACAAAAAUGUGUGUUAAACGACUUUAGGUAUUUAUUCAGGUUAUAGUUUUAUAACGCAGCGUGACACACCAGCAAGAAUAAGGUGAUUUGUUUAUGUAAUUCUGUUUAAAUGAUUGAUGGAUAAACAGUUAUAACAUGUAUUGGGAUGUAUGCACGCGUAUUUAAUUUGUUACAUUUACUUAGCUAUACUAAUUAAACUGGAGUUAAUUUGGACGCAUAUUAUGAAUAUUAGAUAUAUAUGAAACAGAGAUACAAUAACUUAUUUAAAAAUAAAAAAAAAUACUCUUACUAUUAAAACUAUUCUUAACAUCAUAAUUAUUAAUUCGUCCAAAAAUGCUGCCAAUUUUCCGAAUUAAAAAAAUAUUAUUUUUAAAUAAGAUAAAGAAUAAACUCGCAAUCAUUCAUUUUCAUUAUGAUAAGUUACUGGUUUAAAAUUAAGAGCACAAUUUAUUUAUUUCCACUUUGUUUAUAACUGCAUAUUAUUUACGUUUAGUAUUCAUAAACAAUUACAUAGUCAACACAUUUAUAUGACACGUCACACAAAUGUGGUUCAGUAGUUGCGAAUAAAAGGCGAUGCGUUUCAUCCAAAUAUGGACUUUAAAUCCUCUGCUUAAAGCUCAUUUCUAUGUUACCACUAGCUGACCACAUUUCCCUUCACUGGGGAAAUAUCCGUAUUCAUAUGUCAUUGUUGACGUGCACGAAUAAAACCACAGGAGAUUUCAUAGCUUUGUAUGUUAUACGAAAUUGUAAAUACAAUGUUACUUAGUUCUACAUUUCAAAGUCUAAAUGCUGAACAAUUGAACUGUUAAAUGUAGUUCGAUCACAUUAACACAUUCCGUAGUUCCCGGAAAUUAGAGAGGUUGUGUUGUUACAAAAUAGAGGUAAAUUCAGGACAACGUUUGCGUUUUGUAAUGUAAUAUUGAAGUGUACAUUUCGCGAAAGUGUGCUUAAAUUGUAUUCCUAAUAUAGCGAUCGUUGUAAUUUAGAUGAAACGAAUACCAUUAAAUUCAACAAUAAUAUGGAAUGUGUUAUUGCAAUGUUGCUAAGUUUUGAAACUAGCACAAGAGUUUUAUAGGUUUUUUCAGAUUGGAAAUCCGGCGUUUUGAAUGAAAACAAAUGAACGUCCGUAUGUUGAACGACAAAAGCACCUUUGUCGCUCUGACACGUCCAAUUUAGGGCCGAUUUUUCAAUCGCCAACUAACUUUUAUCUGAAAAAUAUCAUUUACAUUUGGACAGCUUUUGUAAAUGCAUUUUUCUCAGAUAGACAUCUGAUGAUUGGAAAACCGGUCCUUAAAAGAAGUGGUGUCUGAUUUUAGAAAAAGAAGGCAUUACCUACAUAACUUUUAAAUAUAAAAAGUAUGUAAUAAAAACUAAACGAUUGUAUGACUUAAACGUUGAAUUAAGAUAGUUUUGUAAGGACUUAGUUUCCAUUAUCACAAACUGCAUUAAUAUAAAAACAGUCAUAAAUUGAUUCUUAAGAAACACAAAUUAGCUUGUUCAUUUAAAAAUGUAUGUGCAGAAGUAAUUUUCUUCACACUCAGGGUACAGUCACCACGUAACUAGACAUUGUUAUUAUUGUUAUGAGAAAUAAGACAUAUGGCGUUGUAAUAAAAUUGAUAGUGGCUGGCAUACUCAUGCAUAUAUAAAAUUAAUUGCAAUAUAAGUACUUAAUAUACUGAAGAGUCGAUAUAUGUUCGCGUUGCAGCCUGUUGUAAGGCGAAAAUAAUUAUCCCAUAAGUGUGCAGUCCAAGUUAACUUCAGUUUUCAACACGAAACUUUUUGUUUUUACACUAAAUAAGCAGGUUAUAGCAUUUAUUUUAGUACUGAAUCUAAUUAUAGAUAUUUAUCUACUACUUAAUAUGUAAAGAAUUAUUUUUUUUACUAGUCUUAGGAAUGUUUUGUUAAUGGUGAACACUCGAGGUAAAAUAAACGUUAGUUUGUAUUCAGAUGCUGUAAGCGAAAUAAUGAGCGAUAGUUGAUCAAAUAGUUAUAGCAUUUCUUGUUACCAAAGUUAUAUUAUCAUGUUUUAAAUGCCAAUUUAUAGCUGUUGUCUACGUGUAGAACAGAGGUACUGAACUGGUUAUAUGUAAUAAACUCAAUUAUGUAUUCGUAUAUAUUAUGGUAACAAUUGUUCAAUAGUUUUGUCUCAACUCAAGAUUCGUCACUAUUAAAAUGUUUAGCUCAA